GCGAGCCAGUCGUCUUCCUUGCUGCGCUACAGAGUUCACUUUCACAAUGGAGAUUAUAACAGUUACGUUCUUCAGUGUCGUGUUGUUGUGUGGUGUCAAAGAUGUAUCUGCUUGGGCCAGGCGUACAAACUUGGCUAAACGGGUGAGACAGUUGGAAAAGGAGGUCAACGUAUGGAAGUUUACAACUCUUAAUACUGAGAUUAAAAUGAUGAUUGACUUUAAAAAGUUGGAGUCGUCACUAAAAGAAGAGCUGGCUGGAACAUUCGUUCCUUCUUUGAUCAAGCGUCUCGUCAAACAAGAAAUUAGUGACAUCCUGAAAGAAGGUGACAUAGGGGACAUUAUCAGCGGGCAUGUUCUGGAUGAGGUUGGCAGCCUGAAAGCCAGUGUGCAAAGUACGAAGACACAGCUAAAAACAAUAACACAACAAUUGAAACAUGUUGAACGGGAAAGAGACUCUUACAGAAAGAGUCUUGAAAAGCUACGAGGCAGAUUGACCAAAGACAUCCGUGCAUUACAGAUGCAACUAAAUCAGACCAAUGAUGAUUUUUUUGCAAAGAAACAAAUCACUGGUCUUACAGAGGUGUCAUUCUCAACUUCGACCACAACGUAUCCUGCAACUACAACAGCCUCGACUGAUCCGAGCAAGACGGUUCCAUCAACGCCAGUGACGACACAAGACUCCGAUCUACACGCAUCGACUUACCCGAGUCAGGAUCCAAUCCAGGGCAAGACGGUUCCUCCAGCGCCAGUGACGACACAAGAGCCUGAUCCACACGCGACUCCAUCACAAGCAGACCGCGACCUCUACUCCGCCUGCACCGACGGUGACCUGGGAACAGUGAGAUGGAUCCUGGCUGCGGGCCACGUGGACAUCAACACUAGAGGAGGAUGGAGGCGCAGGACAGCGGUGAUGGAGGCAGCACGGUGGGGACACAAAGAAGUGGUUGAGCUCCUUGUAGGUAAAGGUGCUGAUGUGUCACUGCUGGACAAGUACCGUAGAAACAUCCUUCACUACGCCUGUUGGAGUGGAGACGUGGAGACCGUGAAGCUGAUCCUGUCACUGAACGAGGUCGACAUCAACAGUAGAGGAUGGAGGAGCAAGACACCGGUGAUGGCGGCAGCGGGGGAGGGAAAAGGAGAUGUGUUGGCGUUCCUCGUGGGUAGAGGGGCUGAUGUGUCACUGGUGGACGUGGACGGAAGCAACAUCCUUCUUUACGCCUGUAUGGGUGGAGACAUGAAGGCCGUGAAGCUGAUCCUGUCGCUGAACGUGGUGGACAUCAACGCCACGAACAACUACGGCCAUACAGCUGCCUACAUGGCGAGACGUGAGGGACAUCAGCAAGUGGUGGAUCUCCUGGCGUCACGUGGUGCUCACUGAAUCUGUGUAGGGUUGAUGCCGACAGAGACGGGGGACAUGUCGCUACUGACACUGGCGUGACGUGUACGUUCAUGUAGUCGUUUGUCAACGCCCAUGAUUCAGAUGAUUUCCAUGUUUCCUUCUGAAUAUUAACAAAAUAAAUGGUGAGUGAUUGUACAUAAACAUCGCCCAUCUUAACAUUA